GACGCGGGCACACGGCGCUGCAGGAGCGGAGCCAGAGGUGCGGACACUGGGAGCCUCGGCGCGCACUUCCAGGGGUGGGGAGGGGGAGGAGAGCCCAUCCCGGGCACGGCAGCUACGCCCUCCUCCCGCUGAGGAUAAAACACAGUCUGUGCAAAGAAAACAAAAAAAACAAAAAAAAACCAACAAAAAAAAAAACAAAACAAAAAAAAAAGCAACAACUUCUCUCCAUACAGUCUGUCUCACAACAAUCUAUGUAGAGCUGCAGGACGGGAAUGAGAGAUCCCGGACCAAGUGCACCCGUCUGCGCCUAAAGAUAGAGACAGCCACAGAGCCGGGUUCAGCCAACGCCUCCAGCAGGAAAAGGGAAAUCAACAACACCCCCUGACAGUCUGAGCGAGCGGCAGCCAAACUCAUGCACAUCUCUGGCGGUGCCACGGACUGAAAGAGAGAGAGACAGACAGACAGACACAGAGUUCACUCUUCCGCUGAGGGCAUUGCUCGCAUUCUUCUCCUCCUCUCGUACCGUGUGCGGUUUUAAACUUCGCCGCCGACCGGCUUUUCUGCGGGAGUCUUCUGCGAGUUCUGGGGAAGUUUGUUUGUUGUUUUGGGUUUUUUUUCCAUGAACUAUUGAAACGGCAUUUUUGUCGCUAAGCGAGGGGGUGGGCGCCUGAGCGCAGAGGCUACACAGACUUCCCUGCCCCCAUCGCCAUCCAAAACUUUGCGCUCCGGGAGCCCGCGGGGGCUGCCCGCCUCUCCGGCACCGGCACCACCAGCAUCAGCACCGCCGCCGAGCCCGCACCGGCCCGCUCCUUCUCCUUCUCCUCCUCGCCGGGGCAGCGCUGGGCUUCGCUCCUUUGUGCUUCGCCGCCCUCCCCGAUUUCUUUAAUUGCUCUCACUGGCGCGCCGCUGCCGCCUUCUUCCCGGAGGCGGCGGGGGUCUGCGAUUUGGCUGGUGCCUUCCGCAAAGCUGCAGCCACCGCUAAAGCAUUGGAUCCCUCAACGUACUGCGAGAGCCCGGUGUACAGCCCGGACCUGUGCCCCAACAUGAUCGCCGCGCAGGCCAAGCUGGUCUACCAGCUCAACAAAUACUACACGGAGCGCUGCCAGGCGCGCAAGGCGGCCAUCGCCAAGACCAUCCGGGAGGUGUGCAAGGUCGUGUCGGACGUGCUGAAGGAGGUGGAGGUGCAGGAGCCGCGCUUCAUCAGCUCCCUAAGCGAGAUCGACGCCCGCUACGAGGGGCUGGAGGUGAUCUCGCCCACCGAGUUCGAGGUGGUGCUCUACCUCAACCAGAUGGGCGUCUUCAACUUCGUGGACGACGGCUCCCUGCCGGGCUGCGCCGUGCUCAAGCUGAGCGACGGCCGCAAGCGCAGCAUGUCCCUCUGGGUGGAGUUCAUCACCGCCUCGGGCUACCUGUCCGCCCGUAAGAUCCGCUCCCGCUUCCAGACGCUGGUGGCUCAGGCCGUGGACAAGUGCAGCUACCGGGACGUGGUGAAGAUGAUCGCGGACACGAGCGAGGUGAAGCUCCGCAUCCGGGAGCGGUACGUGGUGCAGAUUACGCCCGCCUUCAAGUGCACCGGGAUCUGGCCGCGCAGCGCGGCGCAGUGGCCCAUGCCCCACAUCCCCUGGCCCGGCCCCAACCGGGUGGCGGAGGUGAAGGCGGAGGGCUUCAACUUGCUCUCCAAGGAGUGCUACUCGCUGACGGGCAAACAGAGCUCGGCCGAGAGCGACGCGUGGGUGCUGCAGUUCGGCGAGGCCGAGAACCGGCUGCUGAUGGGCGGCUGCCGGAACAAGUGCCUGUCGGUGCUGAAGACGCUGCGCGACCGGCACCUGGAGCUGCCCGGGCAGCCCCUCAAUAACUACCACAUGAAGACGCUGCUGCUGUACGAGUGCGAGAAACACCCGCGGGAGACCGACUGGGAUGAGGCGUGCCUGGGCGACCGGCUGAACGGCAUCCUCCUGCAGCUCAUCUCCUGCCUGCAGUGCCGGCGCUGCCCCCACUACUUCCUGCCCAACCUAGACCUCUUUCAGGGCAAACCCCACUCGGCCCUGGAAAGCGCUGCCAAACAGACCUGGAGGCUAGCCAGAGAAAUCCUCACCAAUCCCAAAAGCCUCGACAAGCUAUAGGGUUAACACGCCCGCGCACAAAAACUCGCCCUCCGUAAACAACAACAGCGCCCAAAAAACUUUCUAUUUAACGCGAACGACGACGGAAAGAGGCGGCGAAAGACACGCGCCCCCGCCACCCCCUCACCCACCUGCAGUUCGGCCUUUAAAAACUUGCCGACGGUUUUCUCGGCGUAAACUCUCACUGCCUUGCACAGAAAAAGGGAAGAGCCUCUCUCCUCUUGUCCUCCAAUGUGAAUUUUUCAAAGGUCACAAAAAGAAGCGAUCGGACUUUUGCAACUUCAAAACGAAACCCGAAAGGUACAUUUUCCAAUCCAUGUAUAGUCCUUUUCUUAUGCUCUCUUGUUUGCCUGAAUGUUGUCACCAAGUGAAAAAAUUAUUUAACUAUAUGUACAAAUCUCCCUUUAAAAAAGUUUUACUGAUGUUAAAUGUAUUUCGGUGCCAAGGUCAGCUUAUGUGCCCCACAACUGACUUGUUGCAAAUAGUAAUAAAAAUAUUACUUUAACUUUACACUGACUUUUUGUGAAUGGUUCUUAAAUUUAGGCAAAUGCAUUCUUUCUGAACCUCGGAAGGAAUAUUUUUUUAAAUAAACAAAACCACGAGAUGAAAGGCUAAACGCAACACCUAG